GCCGAAGAAUCUUCGCUCGUCGUCCUCUAUAAGCCCCUCUUCUCCCUCCACAUGCUCAUCUACGACACGCUGCUACCUCAACUUACGCAUCUACCGGCCGACGAUCGUUCAUCCCUUCUUCGCGGACGCCACUUCGCCUUUAUUGCCGACUCAAUCAUCGAACACACGCCUUUAACCUUUGUGAAGAAAUUGGGGUUGAGUCUUCCUCCACCCGAGAAGAUUGAAGAGUUAAAGAGCUUGCCAUACUUAGUUGUCUCGCCCCCAGAUGAUGGGAACAGGAUACCGCUGCCUGGUGAAAAGGGGGCAGCCAAAGUGAGGUACACGGUGAAUAUGCUUGCGCCGCCGAAGAGGAGAAGUCGGCUAGGAAAG